GAAAAAUUGGGAAAUCCCAAUUUUUAAUCAAGUAUGUUCACGUAUCCUGGAUUCAUCCACCACCCCAAUUAAUACCGCUAGGAUUUUGGCAUCUCUGUCAAAAGAGUCAGGUGCAUGGUUGCAAGCCUUACCAUCCAGGAAUUUAGGCACACUUUUAGACGAUAAUUCCUUUAGGAUUGCAAUUGGUUUGAGGUUAGGUUUAAAAUUGUGUUUCCCCCAUAAAUGUGUUUGUGGUACACAAAUAGAUGAACUAGGAUUACAUGGCCUUUCAUGUAAAAAAAGUGCUGGCAGGCACUCUCGACAUACACAAUGUAACGACAUAAUAAAGAGAGCCUUAAUUUCUGCAGACAUACCAAGCAUUAGGGAACCAUUAGGGUGUUGUAGGACAGAUGGAAAAAGACCGGAUGGUCUAACACUAAUACCUUACAAACAGGGACGCUCACUAAUAUGGGACUUUACUUGUACAGACACUUUUGCCCCCUCUUAUCUCUCUCACACACUUAGACAUGCUGGCACAGCAGCAAAACUAGCCGAGACCAAAAAACACAAACUUUACUCUGAACUUGAAAAACAAUAUAUCUUUGUUCCGGUGGCUGUCGAGACAUCAGGAGUAUGGGUGAUGGAAGGGUUGAAGUUCAUCCAAGAUGUUGGGAGGAGGAUGAAGGAUGUCACUGGACCAAUGUCAACAACAUUUCUCAUUCAACGGAUCAGUUUGGCAGUUCAACGCGGGAAUGCGGCAUCAAUCAUGGGAGCUGUCCCCAGUCAACGAGGAUUAGAGGAAUUAUUUUAUAUUUUAAAUGAUAGGUCGUUUUAUUUACAAAAAUCCUGUAAGGGGCCGAAUGGUGAUCUCGGACGCUUAUCCGGAUCAAGUAAAGGUUUUCCCAACCCACCAACAUCGGGUUUUUCCUCUACUCCCCAAGCCAACUAAGUUCUUUCUUUCAGGUAGCACUACGAUCCUGAUGAUGGAAGUGGAUUCUUCCUUUGACGAGGACCAAGGUAAUAAACUUGACCUUAAAGAUGGGAAACGCACAAAAUGGCAGCUACCUCCGUCACAUAUCGCUGUAUUUUCGAAUCCACCUGAAUCUAUUAUCGCGACAACGACAAAGUCCAAACAUUCUAGGCCACUACUUUUGUCAAGUACAGUCGAUUCCCAAGGAAACGAAACUACGGGAACAACGAAUAUUCAGGAUUGUGAAACGGUAAUCGAUGCAGAUGGAGGAGGAGGAAAUAAUAACAUAACUUUAGAAGAUAUUGCUGAAACUCUGGCAGCCCCUAAGCUAAGCCGAUUAAGCGUAAUGGCUCGUGCAGAAAUAUGCCCAAAAAUAAAGCGGGCAAGGCUGAUGAGUACGAAAGGAGUCGCAGCGAAAAUCAUGGAGCAAUAUGGAUAUGACAUUAGCAAUACUACGUUUCUCUACGCUGAAGAAACUAUUUACCUCCUGGAAUUGGGUAAAUUAGAGGUAAAUCUUGGACGUAUGGCCUUAAGUGUUGAACGCGCAAGAGCUUUACUUCUCCACUCGAAAUCUCACCCAUACAAUCCAGACUCUAAUAUUGCUCCAAGAGUUCGAACAUGUUCGGUUGACGAGUAUCUAGUUUAUAAGCACUUAUCCGAAUUAGGUUAUCGGGUUCGAAGACGAGAUAGUGAUGUUAAAAUUAAUGUUAGUCAAUCAGUUUUAUCGGCUUCGAGGGAGCGGUUGAGUCCCGUUGCAUCAACCAGUGACGAUGUUGAAAUGGCCACAAGUGAUUGUGGAAAUCUUCUUGAUGGGUGUCAAAUGGACCUGGACGAGGAAUCCGUACUGAUUCCAUCUGGAGAAGAUGGUGUAGAAAUAUGUCAAGUGCCUGAAUCGAUUACACAAUCGUUAACUAAUUCAUCAUAUGGAUUAGGUAAAAAUACUAUUAAUGACGAUGGAGGAGGAAUGUGUCAAAAAGGGACAAAGCGCAAGUUUGGAGAAUUAAGCAGCGAUAACACGCUUGGUUCAACAACGUCCUCAGCGAAGGACAUUAGUGAUGACGACUAUGCUGAUGAAGAAUUCGAAUUAACUCAGAAUCCUGCCGUCAGUGAGAUGGGAGGGUCGGGGGGUUUCGUGGACUCAACUGGAGACAAUAAUUCAUUAUUUUAUCCAACAACCACAUCUAAUUACACUGUAAUCGAAGCUGAUUCGGAUGUUGAGAUUACCGAUGAACCUGAACCAAUAACAGGGCCUAGCUGCAAUAAUGGAGUGCACAUUGAAGAAAUUGGCUAUUAUUAUGAUGCGGAUAUAGAAGAGGAUCCAGGAACCUCGAGCCAAGAACCUCAGCCAUCAACUUCAGCAGCAUGUUUCUCCAACGACUAUCAACAACACGCAGUUGUGCACCUAGCAGACAGUGAUUCAGAAACCGAAAAUUUUCCUAACUUCCACAAGAUGUGGAACAAGUUUGUGCCAAAUGCGACAAUCCAAAUAGGGUUUCCCCCUGCAAGUUUGCUACCUCCAAACAUUCCUUAUAAGGAAUCAAUCUACGAGUUUGAAUUGAAAAGCAGAGAAAGUACGCGUUCUGACUCUGAUUUAGAGUACUAUGUUGACGAGCUCACUCUAAACCCAUCUCCUACCGAGUCGGAUGGGAAACCAAUACGCGUGGGGUCCUCUUGUCAGACUUGGACGGAAUGGAGGGAUGGCACAAUGACUGAAGCACGAGGCGUUCUCAGUGAAUCUCUCUUGAGACGAUGUAGCAUGUUUACCGGAAGCAGACAAGAUCCAAUGCAAAAACUGCAUUUAUGGGGAGUGAAUAAUAAAGAACCGCAAUGUAAGCGAAGGACGGAUCAAGGCUGGAAGGGAUUCAAUAUUCCUUACGAAUUGUUCCACCCAUCCGUUGGAUUCACCAAACAGAAAAACAAAGAAGAGUUUCUCCCAAGUUAUGUCGUAGCAGUUGUGAGAAAUGAUGACCAAGUGCCUAGUUUUGCAGCUUGUGAUUCACUGGUGAAUGACAUUCCAGUACUGAUUGCUGUCGUCAGCGACGAAUCAACUAUUAUGUUUAUGAAUCCUGACGGCUCGCCGAUACCUUCGCUCUUCUAAAAGUUGAAUGCAUUCGCAUUGAAUUCGCAGUAAUAUAACUACGAAUAGUCAGCAUAAUUGCCCGUCCGGUUCGCUUUUGGUGAUGUUCUUGGCUCAAGUCAAUUUUUAAAAUAUGAUAUACAUUAUUUUUUCCCUACAUGACACGUUCGCGAGACAUUAAGUUAUAAUGAUACUUUAUACUUUACCUGAUGUCUUAAUCAAUCACCGCAUUUAUUUCUGAUGUAUUUAAUUUUCAUUUUGCCAUUGUUUGUCUUUGGUUUAAUAAACUUUUAAAGCUGUGCUA